UGCCGCCCCGGGCAACCGCCCAUGUCGCCCGUAUCAAAAACCGCUACUGGGAAGAGCCUAGCAAAAUGCCUCUUCAAGUGAUUAAAGUAAGCACACUUCAAAGUUAAACAGCACCACACAUCUGAAAAGAUCUCAUCAUUCCUAUUCGUGAAUACCCGCGCCUCCGUCGUGACAGUCUUAAAAUCAGUAGAGGGUAAUUUCAAAAAGCACCGUCAACACUGUAACUUCAUUUGUAGUCCGUUUGGAGUGGUGCAGUUUACCACAGCACUCGAACGCAGCAGCUGCUGUUUGGUUUCCAGGGCAACGGUUGGCCACGGAGAGGACGAUGGUUUACAUCACAGAGGAUUUGAUCCGCCGGCGCGCCGAGCACAAUGAGUGUGAGAUCUACUCCCUGGAGGAAGUUUCUCUGCAUCAGCAGGACAUCGAGAGGAUCGAACACCUCGACAGGUGGUGCAGGGAGCUGAGGAUCCUCUACCUGCAGAACAACCUCAUCCCCAGGAUCGAAAAUGUUGGCCGACUGAAGAAGCUGGAGUACUUGAAUCUGGCCUUGAACAACAUUGAAGUCAUUGAAAACCUUGAAGGCUGUGAGAGCCUACAGAAACUGGACCUGACGGUGAACUUCGUGGGCCGCCUGAGCAGCGUGGAGUCCCUGAGACACAACAUCCACCUCCGAGAGCUGUUUCUGGUGGGGAACCCCUGCACGCGGUUCGAGGGCUACAGGCAGUUUGUGGUGGCUGCACUGCCUCAGCUCAAGAGUCUGGACGGGACGGAGAUCAGCCGGUCAGAACGGAUCCGAGCCUCGCAGGGUCUGGAGGAGGUGAGGAGGCGCGUCGCUGAGCAGGAGCAGGAAUACCUGAGGAGGAGAGCUGAGGAGAAAGAGGAGGCGAGGAGGAAGGAAGCAGGAGUUGAGGAGGAAAAGAAGGAGAGGAAGCCAGGCUUUGACGGCCGCUGGUACACCGACAUCAACAACACGGCCAGUCCAGAGUCAGAGGAGAAUAAGGAGAACCGGGAGCUGAAGGAGAACCCAAAGAACCUAGAGGAGGAUGAGGAGCAAAGGGAGCGCGAGUUCUGGCACACACCGUGCAGCUUCACCCCCGAAUCUCGUCUGGAGGCUCACCGGCACCUGGAGGAGAAGAGGCGGGCCAAGGAGAAGGGGAAGGAGAAGAAGCCGAAGGCCCCGAGGACGCUGAUCACUGCUGACGGACGAGUCUUGAAUAUCAAUGAGCCCAAGCUGGAUUUCUCUCUAACAGAAGAUGAAGAAAACAACACGAUUAUCUUGGACCUGGAAGUGUACAGACACAUGGACACCUCUUUGAUCGAUGUGGACGUUCAGCCGUCGUACGCCAGAGUCACCGUGAAGGGAAAGAUAUUUCAGGUGGUUCUGCCGGCCGAAGUGAAGCCCGACAGCUCGACGGCUCAGAGGUCCCAAACCACCGGACACCUCCUCCUGACAAUGCCCAGGGCUGAAGGUGAAAUCAAAGUGACGAAGACAAUCCCAAGUCCACCCAGAGUGUGUCAGAACAGACGCGGCGGCGGCUUAUCGGAGGAUAAUCAAAGGAAAAAUAACGUUCCUGAGAGGCUGGAAGUCGACCCGAGCAAGCGCACAGCCGUCGACCUCGCCAACAUCGUGCCGCGCCAGAGCGCCAAAGAAGGGCCGAUGGAAGCAUCCAGACCGGCUCCACCACCCGCCGAGGAUCACUUCUCUGAAGGCUGGAUUUCUGACAAACGCCUUGCUCAGAGUCGCCGUGGGUGGCCUGAGAUCUGCGAAGGCCCAAGCAUAUGAUCCACAUCGUCUUCAUCACACCAGUCAGUGAGCCCUCGCGUCCUGUGGAGGGGGACCGCUCCAUCAGGGUGGACAGAGGCCAUCACUCAGGACGCCAUACCAGCAAAAUGCCCUCUCACUGCACAGGUCACCAGUUCAAGGUUUUUCCUUUAAUUUAUCACCUCGAACGUACAUACAGUUUUCCUUAUUUAUGACAGAAGUCCCAAACAGAGUGGGAAUGACCUGACUUCCUCUGCUGAUAAAGGCCUUCAGGUUUGGCGUGAACCAAUGAGCAGUUUGAAACGGUGACGUGCCUUUUCAGUUUUCAGCCUGCAGCGUGCUCCAUCGCUGUGAGUGAUGUUUUCAUGGAGGGAGGAACGGGGGAGGAAAGAAGACGUAACAGGUCCAUUUCGGAGGUCUCUGCGGGGUCUGAACACUGUCCGGCUCCGCCUCAGCGCCUGCAGCACUCAGACAUGAAAGCUGAGGGGAGGGUGGAGAAUGAAACACAGAAAAACCGCCUGCUACACCUGACAGGUGAUGAGUCCAAGACCCCGGAGGGCGGUGGAGACGUGGAGGCGCAUGAGGACGUUUCAUAUCAGGUUUGUCAUGAAAUGCAAGCUGCUCAUCUGGAAACAGCAACAACCUCAGCGUGUUUCUGGAUUCAGCUCAACGUUACGGAGGAUUUUUUUGACUGUAAACAGGCAAAUAUUCACCAGGCUGUGACUUGUUACAGUGUUACUGUUCAGAAACCCUGAUUAAACACGGCUGCUUCAGUUUCAGUUUCCACAGUUAAACUUUUAUUUUAGUCUGUUCGGGAUUCAUUCGCAGCUGUCUGUCUGUGCCAGCCGAUAACUCCGCCCACCCGUCCAGAUAUGGUCAGUGUCACCACCAACUGCCGACUUCCUGUCAUGCAUUAAAAUUCAGUGCAGCCUCAUCUUGUGUGUUCAGAUUCAGGUCUGUGGACACAAACUGAGGAUUUUCCGCUUCUAAAGCACAACAAAAGUCCACAUUUGGAGGCUGGAGAAGACAGUUUUCCUGGUUUCUAUGGUGACGUGUCUCUACUGGAUAUCAAAGGAUCUGAAAAUAUGAAAUUUAUCUGCUGUUAAGAUACUUUUCUUACAAACUCUGCUGACUGACGUGCAUUAUGUUCACCUCAGUAUCACAUCUGUAUCACAUCUGCAUCACACACAUGAUAUACGUUUGCUUUCUGCUUGAACUUUAUUUCUUGCGCAGCAGUAACUCUUGAUUCUGUCUUUGAGUGUGUUUAAAUGUUGAAAUGUACAAUACUGAUGGCUGGUACAGGUUUGGACAUGCUUUAUAUUUCAGUAUUUCCUGUAUUUGAUAAGAAGAGUGAAAACUCACAGCAAGAAAACAUCAGUGACAAGAAGAGUCAGAGCUGAAGGUGCUCAGAUGCAUCUGAGGGACAGCUCAGGUGGAGAGGUGAGGCUGAUAUGGUUUGGACAUGUGCAGAGGAGGGAGGACGGAGGCUGUCGGACAAAGGAUGAUGAAGAUGGAGUUUCGGUGCAGGAGGAGAAGAGGAAGACGUCAGAGUCAGAGUUUUUAUUAAACUUGUCUCAGAUAAUCAGAAGCAUCCACCCCAGACUUUCAGCCAAUGCACUACACGCUGAUAGAAAUAUCUAAAGUGAGUGUUCCUGAGUUACAGUAAAAGUUUUUAUUAUUAUAUCUAUUAAACAUUAUGAAAUCCUCCUCUGCAUGAUGUGUAACACGAGAGAAAAUAUUUGAAUUUUAAUCCUGAAAUCUGCAGGAUCUGCAGAUCUGUUUCUUUAACUGCAGCAGGUGUGGAGUUUAUUUGUUGAGGACUUUUAUUGUGAAAGGCAAGAACUGGAAGAAGGCUUUUUCACAUGAGUGCAGAAAAAUCUGAUUUUCUAAUCUGGCUCCAAAAAUCUGAUGUAGCGGCAGCCACAACGCUCACAUAUGGACGAUUAAAAACUAAAGUGUGACAUCACUGUGGCUAUGUCCAUCUUCUACAUACAGUCUGUGUGUGGAGCCAUGUUUAAAGGGACAUAUCUGCAUUUUAUUUCACUUUAAACUGUGUCCAAACAUUCAUGCUCCAGGGCACUUCAGCAGAAGGUUCCCACCAUGCUGCUGCAUCAUCACAGUAACUCCAGCUGUCAGCCGCCUGCAGGACGGAUGGUCUCUGCUCGGGGACAGCGUGCUAUUCUGAGCCUGUAAAAUUACAUGGAUGACAAAUCUUCUUCCAUUCACGGACACGAGUAUUGAUCGGAGCCUUCGUCCAUCACCAGACACCUCACACCCACAAACUGACACUCGCAGGGAAGCUUCAUCAAUCUGCUCCUGCCUAAAUACCUGGCUGGGGGGGGGGCGCAGGAGGUCACAGGUUUGAAUCCCACAGGCAGGAGAAGCUUCUGAAAAGGCCUCGCUGUUUCCUGAAGAAGAUUAGGGCAAAGCGGCUGUAAAGUCACUUCAUUGGAGAAUUUAAUGGAGUUGAAAGCUAAAAAAAGCAAAGACCAUCAGGAAAAUCCAUUUUCUUCUAAGCUUUAUGGUCUGAUUCCCAUCUGUCCACACGGAGCUGGGAAGCAGCGGACCGUCCUGUACAGCAGCAGACAGCUGGAGUCAAAUUAUUGCUUUUUCAAUUACAGACUCGUUCAGACGUUUUUCAUCCAGAUAAUUAGUCAAAUCCGACGACCGUUACCAAUUAAGCAGAAAUACUAAAGGCCACCAAGACGUGCAAUCAAUCUAUUUUAAGAUUGCUCUGUUCUUCUGGGUAAAUCCUGUUAGCCUUUGUGUGGUCAAACACAGGACUCCUUCCUGGAAAGAGCGGCUCUGACUUUGUCUUAUUGCUCUUCCCUGCACAUCCACAUUUCCACUGCAGAUAUUUCCAGGAUCUGAGUCUUGGUUGUGUGUCUACGUUAGUGUACGUGCAGGCUGAUGCAUCAAACAUUCGAACUGCGUCAUCAGAGUUCACAUUUCCUGUUCAUUUCAUGAUCAUCACAUCAAAUAACCAAAAAAUGACCUGAAAGAGACGGAACGCUGCAGAGCUCCGACUUUGUGCUCUUUGAAGGCAAUAACGAGACCGUGUGCUGUGCUUUGUUCUCAAGCUUACGGCUGCUGCUCUGUAGUGGACAGCAACUAACAACUACAACCUAAAAAUCAUAAAAUGAAAUCAUAGAAUCAAAAUCAAAGAUUUCUUAGAAACAACGUUUAAACCAGAGACAUGUAAACAAGUUUCACUGAUUAAUCCUGAGAAAUCUGAAUAUAAGAAAGAGAAGAGCAGUUUCAGCAGCCUCUGUGUGUUUGCACAUGAUACAUUAAUGCUGCUGCAGGAAAUGAGAGAAAUCUCUCAGCACGACUCUCUGGGCAUCAAAUUUAAGAAAUUACAGAAAGGUUUUUGUUAAUUCACAGAAGACGUCCUUUUUACUGUGAAAACAGCAGGAAGAGAAACAAAACAGGAACUUUCCUGUCAUUUAAUCACUUAGUUGUCAUUUAAAAUAGUAUGAGGACGAGGUCUGUAUCUGUAGGAAAAGUUGCAAAAAUGUAGGAAAUUGCAGUUAAAAGUCCAAAACUUCAAAUUUCCUAACGCUGUCCAUCCUGAUUGGAUGCUUUGCCGGCCUUAUUCUGGCUCCUGGGCCUUAUGUUUGACACCCCUGUCUUUCCCAGGCCACAAAGAUGUUUUUUUGUUUCUUGUUAGUUUUCAUGUGUUAUUUUUGUCUUUAAGUUUCUCCUGUUUUUACUUUGAAGGUUAGGAGUAGCUCUUUAUCCCAGAUGCAGUCCUGUCAUGCCCCGUCGUUGCUGGAUUGUCUGUUUUGUGUUUCCACCACUGACAAUAAAUAAAUUAAUAAAA